AUGCGGCCGGUGUGGCUGGCGUGGGCCCUUGCCCUGGCGGCGGGAUCCUUCGCAGAGCCCGCACCUCCUGGCGACAGGAAAGAUGCUAAGAUCGCCGCCGAUGCCGUCCAGGGCGAGUCAUCCGCAGCAUCAGGGGAGGGCGUCGAAUAUACGCUGUUCAAUGGUCAGAAAGUCCCACCUAUCGAGGAAUUGACCAUGGCGAACUUUGAGACAAGCGUCAAGAACGGAAACUGGUGGAUCAAGAUGUACUCGCCGUAUUGUGGCCACUGUAAGGCAGUUGCCCCAUUAUGGCAAACCAUAUAUGAGUUCUACUACACCUCCGAUCCAUUACAGGGCAGGACUAAGUCCGAUAAGCCUGACCUGGACUCGCCCAACAGUUUCCAUGGCUACUACGACUUCCAUUUUGGAACGGUAAAUUGCAUCACGUCCGGCGAUCUGUGCGACAAGCUCGAGAUCAAGGCCUAUCCGACGUUCAAUCUGUACAAGAACGGUGAAUUCGUUGAGAAAUUCGUUGGCGCAAAAGACAUGCAGGGCUUCAGCAAAUAUCUUGAGGAGAAGCUCGAGGGCAUCAAACCCGGCUCACGGCCUCUUGAAGGAGUCAAGGUGCCCAAAGCUGGCGCAAAAGGGACCGACGCCGAUGCAACGCCAGACGUAUCAGAGGCGAAGGACAAGAACCCGGCUGCUGGCGCGGCUGCUGGCGAGAAGCACAAUGAGAAGGCCAAAGAGGCAGCCACCUCAUCUAGUGCUGUCACACCUUCAGAAACGGCAAAGUCUAGCUGGAAGAAGCCGACCCCAAAGAAAGGACCUACUCCCAAUCCCAAUGGAAUAUCGGUCGAGCUCGUUCCAGAGUCCUUCCAGAAAUUGGUCACGAAUGCACAAGCUCCGUGGUUCAUCAAGUUCUAUGUGCCCUGGUGUCCACAUUGCAAGCAUCUUGGGCCCGUUUGGUCGCAAAUGGCAAAAGAGAUGGAAGGAAAGCUUAAUGUGGGAGAGGUCAAUUGUGAGGCGACGCCACGACUGUGCAAGGAAGCACAUGUCAACGCCUAUCCCACCAUCUACUUCUUCCGGGGCGGUGAGCGAGUUGAGUACAGCGGUCUGCGUGGUCUCGGUGAUCUCAUCUCCUAUACCUCAAAGGCUUUGGACAGUGAUGUCAAGCAAGUCUCUGCCGCCGAAUUCAAGGAAAUGGAAGAGACGGAAGAAGUUAUCUUCGUUUAUUUCUUCGACCACGCCACCACAAGCGAAGACUUUGUGGCUCUGGACAGACUCACGCUCAGUCUGAUAGGGCAUGCAAAGAUUGUCAAGACAGACGACCCGAUCAUGGCGAACAGGUUCAGGAUCUCCACCUGGCCUAGAUUACUGGUCUCGCGGGACGGCCGGCCAAGCUUCUACAACGCGCUGUCGCCACAAGAUAUGCGUGACUUCCGCAAAGUCCUGCAGUGGAUGCAAUCCGUCUGGCAACCACUCGUUCCUGAACUGACCGCCACCAACGCCAAGGAUAUCCUUAAUGGCCACUAUGCCGUGCUCGGCAUCUUGGACAGGUCGAGACCUGACGAAUUUCUACAGUCGCGACGCGAGCUGAAGAACGCUGCUCUGGAAUGGAUGGACAAGCAGACCCAGCUCUACCAGCUUGAGAGACAAGAACUGCGUGAUUCAAAGCAGCUGAGAAUAGAAGAAGCGGAGGAUCGUGACGACCAGCGCGCACUGCGCCAAGCAAAGAGCAUGGUCAUUAGCAUCACUGAAGACUCUUUCCGCAAGGGCGUGCACUUCGCCUUUGUCGACGGUGUGUUUUGGGAGCGAUGGCUCCGAAGCACAUAUGGCAUUGAUGUGACUAAGGGCGAGCGGGUUAUCAUCAACGAUGAAGACAACCGCCGCUACUGGGACCUCACCGACACCGGCAACUACAUCGUCCCCAGCCGCACCUCCAUCCUCGAAACGCUACCCCGAGUAGUCAGCAAUCCGCCACGACUGACGCCAAAAUCCACAAUCGGCGCCUUCGAGAACGUCAUCUUCCAGAUCCGGAACUUUGGCACAUAUCACCCUAUACUCAGCAUAAUCGUGCUUAUUGGCGCGGUCGUGGUGCUGUUCACAGUGAUGAAGAAUGGCAGCAGGAUAAAGCAGUUCGGCGGCUCGAAUGGCUACAUCAGGCUCGAUGGGAAGGAGGGCUUGUUGGGGCAUGGAGCAAACGGUGGUGGGAAGGCGGAUUGA